CUGUUGCCUUAAAAGUAAAUAAUAAUUUAAAAAACAAUUCACUUCACUUAUUUUUUUUAAAUUAUCAUUUACUUCAAAAUUUUAAGGCAACAUGUCUCCUCAAUUUUUUUAAGUUAAGUCAACUUAUCACUUUUUAUAAUGUAAGUAAAAUAAAAUGUUACUAAUGAAGAUAUCAGUCAGAAAAGAAUCAGAAAAUAUCUUUUGUCAUUUGCUUCAAGAUGAAAAAACCAUCAGCAGUAAAUCAGUUAACGUGUUCAAAUGCACCGUCAUCCGCUGGACUGAAAAUUAGGAGUUCUAAGCCAUGAAUGCUGAGUAAUCAAACUCAAUCAAAUCUGCCAUGAACGAAGUCCUUUAGAACUAGAGAGCAUGAACCAGUAAAUAUCAUUUUCUGCCACUUAGCCCUUAAUGUACCCAAAGUAUAUUUGGCUUUGACAAUUCAAUACAACCUGUGGUUUCACAGAUUUACAGUGACAUGUCAAAAUAUUCAUCCACAUUAAUUGGCGAGAUGCUGAACAGAGGCAGAUUUGGGUGACACAUUGACUCCUAAAGUGAGGCGAGCAAUUUUGCUAGGGUUACAUUCAUGAAGGAAUGUAGGUAACAUGCUUGUCUCAGUCCAAUGCCACAGACUGCUCUUUGACCAACUAAAACAAAUAGUGUUCAACUGCUAAUGUACAGCCAGAACAAAUAAAUCAAUCACCUUGUUUUCACUGUGCUUAGUCCACAGAUUUAGUGAAAAUUAAAAAUUGACUUUGCAUAUAUUUGGUGCCGGCCAAGCUUAAAAUGAGGGUUUACAGAAUAUGAAAAGGAAUACCAUCCCUGUAAUCACACCGAGUAUGUUUAGCUCUCAGUAAUUUGAAUAUAUCUCUGACAGCUACAGCAACAAAGGUGUAUUAUUGCCAUAUACUGCAGUUAAUUCUGCUUUAUUUGAACAUCCGCAAUGAUAGUAAAAACAAUCACAGUGUUGUGCGCCAUAUAAAUGUAUAGUUUAGGCAUGUGCUGUAGCGCUCUGUAAGCGACGGUGAGCGCGGGCAGAGUUUCACACAGAACUCGUGUUUCUCUGUUAGCCGCAGUGACUGAGCAGCGCAGAGUUCUGGAACAUUCCUGGAGAGACUCAAAGAAGAACAUACACAGUGGGAGUUUGGACCGAGCCCAAGAAAAAUAAAUCCAGGUUUACAUUUUAUGAGUAAAUGAGAUCAUAUCUAGUCGGCCCUUGAAAGUUAUGAGAGAAAAAUGCAUGUCAAGAUCAUGAUGCUGUUAAAUCAAGAUAUUUAAUUUAGAUUUGAUAACUCGUCAUGUCUACACAAGGCGUAUGGUUUGUGAGGGUGUUUGGGGUAUAGAAAUAUGGCUGCGAUGAUGUUGCUGACAUCUGUGGUUAAGGGUUUCACGCAGUCGUGUUGAUUAAUAAAUCAGCUAGUUCUUAGUAGUACAUUUGUUGCAUUAGGCACUUCUGAAGAGCUCUGCACAAAGCAUUUUCUAUAAGCAUAUUUGAACUUUUGAGUAGAUACUGAAUGUGUGUAUGUUUUUGCAUUUAUGGCAGAGGGGUCAAGAAAAUACGUUUGCAUUGAUUUUAAUGUUUGGAAACCCAAUAGCUGUGACAACUACCCACCAACUGUUCAAUACAGGUUUAUACAACAGUGAGUACAUAAACAUUUCAAACUUGGAUUUACAGUGAGUCAAGUGUCUACAUGCAAGGUCAGCAAUGUGUGUUUUUUGCUAUUUGACAUUUCAGUGGUAAUGAUUAGCAGUUGUCUUAAUGAGGCACAUUAAUGUUUUAUUGAUCAUGAGAUGCUGCCGAUUAUUCUAGUUUUUGUUUACCAAGUCUCGUCUUUGAUCUUUACACAACCACUCUAGAGCUUCUUUCUCCCGAAAUGUUUCUAUACACAAACCAUGAUUACCUUGGCAACAAGAGAAGGUGCUUUAUCAAGCACGAGGUCCACAUAACUGGCCCCAAUAAAUACUUUGUAGCACUUAAUUUAGUUCCAUGCCGUGGGCCAUUAGCUCCUACAGUCCGUCACUCAGCAACUGUGCGGCUGAUGGAGAGAAAAGGCACAGCAGUGUCAAUUUAAUUAAAUCCAGCUUGGCUGGGUGUGGCUGUUCAUCAUCCGCGUGUAGCACAUUUCUGACAGGACCAGAAAUUACUAUUGAUGCCCCUUUGCACAAAAUGUUAUUUUAAGUUAUAUGUGCAUAAGUUCCUGAGUUUAUUCUGAUAUUAAGAUAAAUUAGUGGACUGCCAGUGCACAAGAACAGAAGGCAAAACUUGGGAAACCUAGUAUUAAAUAAAAGUAAAUAUGUAUUUAUUUCUAGACAAUAUUUUGAAAUGCUAAAUAAUUUACACUCUUUGACAACAGAGGCCUUUUGAGGGUCAUUAUUUUAAGAAACAUUGUGCUUCACUCUUUCUUUUUAAAAUAAAAAAUUAUAAAAUGUAAUAAAAUGAUCUUUAGAAUUGGCAGACUAUGAAUGACCUACAAUAUUAAAAAGUACACAACAUUACAUUGGGACUUCUUGGUAAAGAAAAUCAGUUGCAAAGAUAAAGUAAACAUUUAACCAGAAUAUUUGUGUAAAGAGAUUAUUUGCUCACUUCAGAAAGAUGAUCACACACACACACACACACACACACACACAACAAAAAUAUUAUUCUGAUAAAUAGAUUUAGUGUAAUAACGCUAAGGAUUAUUGUUUAUUUUAAGUAAUCAUUAAGAUAACUGAUAACCCUCAUGACCUUAAAAUAAUAAUCCUCAUAACCAUAAAAACGCUGCAGCAACUCAUUUAAACUCUGCAAGAAAGUACCCCGCAAGAAAUGACAAAAGCUAAAGACUUUCCUAGUAAAAAAGUAAUCUGUUUAAAAUACAUUUAUUUCAAAUUAAGUAUAGUUCAAAUCUAUUAACAUAUUUACUGACUUACUGAUAUAAAAAUUAUAAUUAAACUUUAUUUGGAGUACUACUUGUGCACAAUGCAUUUCUUAAUAUUAGGCUAAGUAUAAAAUGUGUUUUAAUGUCAUUAAUGAGGAUUAUAUGAUCUUUGAAUAAUAUCGGUCUUUAAAUGCAAGAUUUUUAAAGUGUACCUGAAGUAUACUUGUGAUAGUUCCACUUUAGCACAAUCAAAUAUACUUAAGUAUGUCUUUAGUUGGACUUCAGCACUACUUCUGCACAAUUAAAGUGUAUUAAGUAUACAAUUAGUUGUUUCAAUUUAGCAGACAUUUAGUAUACCAGUUCAGUAUACUAAAAAUACAAUUGCAGGAUAUUUUUAUUAAGCACAUAAACAUGUAAAUGUAUUUGUAGUAUACUUAGCAUAAUAAAUAUAUUAAAUAUUAAAUGAAAUAUAUUGAAUAUUAAAUUAAUAUAUUUCAAAUACAUUUUAGCAUAUUUAUUUUUGGUUACCAUUUUGAUAUGGUUUAUUACUGCAUUUGAACUGCAUAUUUAAAAUUGAUGGCAACAGCACUGUUUUAUAGAAUAAGGUUGUUUAAUAUAUUUGGUUUAUUAAGGUGUCUUUGUUACAGUGUAAUUAUACAUUUAAGUACUGAGUCAUAUUAAUGAACUACAUGUACUUACUAUAUGGUUAGAUUUAGGAUUAGGGUUACUUGCAUGUAAUUAUGCAUAAUUAAUUGUUAUUAUAUUAGUAAGUACAUGUAACGUGUAACAAGGACACCUUAAAAUAAAGUGUUACCAUAUUCUGUUGUAUUUAGAAGUGAACUUUUUUUUUUAUGCUUUAAUACCUUUUAACUUAAAAGUCAUAUCCCAUAAACUUGGUAUUUUUCAGCAUGUUUCUUUAUAUGUGCCCUGAAUAUUUAGGGAUGGAAAUUCUCUCUAAACAAAUAAUCCAUCGUUUAAAAUGGAUUUGUUUAAAAAAGACAUGACAGACAUUCAGUUGAUUUAUACAUUAUCCUCUCAGUUACACUUAUGUUUUCCUUCUAUGCUAUUUCCUGUGGUUUGUACAGCAUAAGUCUGCUUCAUAAAGUUAGCAAAUAAGCAAACGUGUUCUCUUUAGUCAUGGUUUGUGAGGGGAGCAUAUAUACUGUCACAAAACAAAUCUUCAUUCAUUUAGAACAAGACUGUGUCCACAAGACUAUGUAACUCCGGAGAUAAUGCCGUAAUUUGUAUUCAUUAACCAAGCAGGUUUGACCGUUCUCUGUUUUAACCACUUGAGUAUUAUGGCUGUGAAACAAGCAUCAAAGCGCAGUAUGGGGCCCCACAGGCUUCGGCUGUAUUAAAAUCACAAUCUGUCUAAUUACAGGUAUGCACAGUCACAGUGGUGAGAAAAGGAGAAUGUUUUCUACAGAGAUGCCUUGAAGGCUUUGUUAAUACACUGACUGGAAUAAAUUCCUCACGCGAGGAACUCAGGUGCCACAUUUCCUGCGCUGAGAGCCUUUUGAAACAGCCUUCCAGGUGAGAGUGAGACCGUGACUCAAGAUGUCUGCACUCGAGCCGUGAGUAAACAUCAUCUCGCUCUUGAUCCUGCAAUAAGCCCAAUAAUGAGGCCAAGCACUUGGCAUUAACAUCACAGAGUGCUCGUCUGCCCUCAGUCUCAUGCCGCACAGUCAGACGCUGUUUGUUGCUGCACAGAUUUUUGACUCAGUUCUGUGGGAGAUGAGAGCGUCUGCACGGGUGCCGUUAGUCACCGUGGGAUAGCAAUCGCUUUUACAAAGGGGCUUUCUGAACAAACAUGAUGCUGUGCGGCCUAUCACGCAGCAAUUUUUGGAACGUGAAUCAACUCCAAUUCAGGGUCUCAGAGGCUUUUUAGUGUGAUUUAUUGGCUGCAGUUGUUUGCCCUGCCACUGAAGGAUUAGCCAACAACAUUUUAAUGUUACUUUGCAAAAAUAAUCAAACUAAUUUGUACAGUAAAUGCAUCACAAAAUAUAUCAUUUCCACAUUUAAAGAGUUUCAUUCACAUUGACCUUCAGGUCUGGUUCCUGUUUUGUUAUUCUUUAGACUAAUUAGCAAAUUAGCUAGCCUACAUGCAAUUUCACUCCACAAACAGAAGUCCAACUUCAACAGCGUGUGCUUUAAAAAUAGUUACUUUUAGUCACCUGUAACAGAUAGUUUAUAGUUUUCACAUACAUCGAUAAACGUUAUAGGCUACAAAUAUACGAUGGAUAUCAUUUCAAGAGCUCUUGUGCAUCUUGUGGCGGUGGGCCGUGUAACCCCGUGACUGCAGGGUUGUGUUUUUAUUUGAUGCUUGGGAAAAGAGCACCACUUGGGUGGCUGGAGCCCUGGCAGAAUCCCGAAGUCUAACUAACCUUUAAUCUCUAAUCCUCAACCCAAACCUGACCCUACUGCAUUUACUCGCGUCUAGUUGUCGGAUGUCUGUCUCAAAAAACUUUAAAAUCAAAACAUUAGGAUUUUCGUGUUGAAUAAAAAUGCCACAGGUUUUACGUUAUUCCUAAUUAGUCGUGUCAUUAUUAAAUCAUGGCUACAUUAUUAAAUAUUCGAUCUUAAUGUGUUUCCAUAUUUUUCCACAUACGUUAAAUAUGAAACAAGGAUAGUCUGCAAAAGCCUAACGUCGAAUUGAGUCCAAAGGCCGAUUCCGUAGCCUUUCACACAGUCAUCUUCAUUAUAAUUAUGCGCGUGUAAAUGACUGUGGGAAAGGCUAUACAUUUAUUAAUCUUCGACAAUAUACUGUAGGAUAACAGAUAACUGCGAAUGAUUAGCCUAUCUGUUUUCAAUUGUACUGUACCUUCGACUUUAUAUUGACAGACAAUUAUCACCAGCUCCAUGUAAAACACCAUUCAUAUUUCGUUGUGAUUGUCACUGUAUGAGGAACCACUAUGAUCAGGUUUUCUGUUGUAGUCUGCCUAUCAGUGCUGCUGUUCAGCACUUCAGCCAAGCCAUACAGGCCAAGGGAAAAAGUGUUGGGCAAAGCAGUUCAGGACACUAUAGAUUUUGAUCAUCCCAAUGGGAAGAUGAUCCUGGAAAUGAAGGAGGUGGAGCCACCACAGGACAUGGACAUUACAGAUUCUGACAUCGAUCCCAACAUGUUGAUCAGGAAAGCCGUAAAAGGAGAAAUACAGCAGAAAUAUGACAGACCUGAAGAGGAUAAAGAUGCUCUCUACCACUCCUUUGACAUAAAAUAUCCAGCUGAUGCAAAACAGCCUGAAAACUACUUUCAGCCACUGGGACACGAUCGGGUACAGAUGUAUGACAAACCAGAAGAAGAUAGGGAUGAGCUAUACCACGGCAUGUUUGAUGUAGCUGAAGAGCCAAUGAGAGAAGAGAAGGAUGUAAUUGGAGGUAAUGUCAGGCCCAUCUACUCAAGCCCUCAUGAGGACAAAGACGACCUGUACCACGCAGAUGUUAAAGGACAUCUGUCUGACCAGCAGGCUCUGCCGAUGAAUAUAUUCCCCAUUCACCCCAAAAGAGUGCACACAGAGCCAGAGGUAGACCAGGAUGACCUUUAUCAUAAGCAAUGAUAAGAUAAGUCAUGUCACGUCUAAAGGAAUGUAAUACUGAAUGUUAAUUCAUUAUGUGUAGUUUUAAUUAAAUGCUCUCUAUUUUUUUAAAUCUUAAAAUAAAAUGUGUUUUAACAUGA